UUGCCACGUCAUACAAUAAUACGGAAGCAGAGCGGUGGACAAAGAAUACCGAACACACGCGGAUAAUAUUGACACAAUCCCACCAGAAAAGUCAAUGCCAGUGUGACAAUGGAUGGGUACUCGGUCCAUAAAGUAAUAGGUGAAGGGUCCUUUGGUCGGGCACUACUUGUCCAAUCCCGAAUCAACCAUGAGAACUAUGUCAUGAAAGAGAUCCUACUCCCAAAGACACAAUCCAAGAUGGCGAACACCAGAAGAGAAGCUGUGCUCCUGUCCAGGAUGAAACAUCCCAGCAUAGUGGCCUUCAGGGAGUCUUUUGAAGGUGACGGCCACCUCUACAUAGUGAUGGAGUUCUGUGGUGGAGGAGACCUGCUCCAGAGGAUACAACAACAGAGGAACACACUGUUCUCACAGGAAACAAUCCUGAAGUGGUUUGCUCAGAUGUGUUCUGGUACGAUGCACAUCCAUGACAAAUGGGUCUUACACCGGGAUCUCAAGUCCAAGAAUAUCUUCCUGACAGACCAUGGGACGGUGAAGCUGGGUGACUUUGGCUCAGCCUGUGUUCUAAACAGUGCGAAGGCCUACGCUCACACGUAUGUCGGAACGCCGUACUAUGUGUCUCCAGAGAUCUGGGACAGUAAGCCGUACAACAACAAGAGCGAUGUGUGGUCUCUCGGCUGUGUCCUCUACGAGCUCUGCACCCUGCGACACCCGUUUCAGGCUCCUAGUUGGAAGAGUCUGAUCAUGAAGGUGUGCCGUGGUUCCUACCCUCCUCUUCCCCAACACCUGCCCUAUGAGCUGCACUACCUGGUCAAACAGAUGUUCAAGACCAACCCCAAAGACCGUCCGUCCCUCCACACCAUCCUCACGUCUCACCGCGUAGCCGGUCUCCUGCACCGACACCUGCCCAACAAGGAGUCGGAGAGGAGAACAGGGAGAUGGAGGAGAGAGGAGGGGGAGAAGGUCGCCUCACUCCUGGGACAGAAGACCCUCAUCACAGGCUCUACCCUGGAGGGUAAGGAGACGAUUAAGACCCAGUCAGAUGUGUUAUUCAUUUUCGUAGUGAGAUUGAACUGCAGGGUCCUAGUGUGAAGAAGAGCAGGUUGA